CUUUUUGGAGAGAACGAGAGAGGAAAAGACAAAACAGCUCACAAGGCAAGACCUCCCUCAACCCAAAACUUUGACUGUAAUCCCAAACGCUGCCUUAACGCCAACCCCCGGAGACUCUCGAACCGCUCCAAUGAACCCGGCUCUACUCUCCCUCGAUCCCCCUCUUCUCCCCUCUCGCCGGAGCUUUUGAAUCUGGGUUUUUCUGGUACCAAGAUGGCGGCGCCGGAGAGUCUAGAUGGUUCGCCGCCGCCGCCUGUUACGGCGAAGGAGUAUUGGAAGAAGAAACCGAUAUCGCUUGCUCGUCCAUCGAAGGCGGAUUUCAUACGAAAUGCGGAAUUGAAGAAAUUUUUGAUUGAUUCGGGACUUUACGAGAGCAAUGAUGAUGCUGCGAGGAGAAAAGCAGUCCUUGGCCGCAUCGAUGAGGUUGUGAAAUGUUGGGUGAAGCAAUUAACCCGUCAGAGAGGUUACACAGAUCAAAGGGUAGAAGAUGCAAAUGCUGUCAUAUUUACUUUUGGGUCAUACCGGCUGGGGGUUCAUGGGCCUGGGGCUGACAUCGAUGCCUUGUGUGUUGGGCCAUCUUACGUAAAUAGAGAGGAAGAUUUCUUUAUUAUAUUGCAUGAUAUGCUGGCUAAAAUGGAAGAAGUUACUGAGCUUCAACCAGUUCCAGAUGCUCAUGUCCCAGUAAUGAAGUUUAAGUGUCAGGGAAUAUCAAUUGAUCUCCUUUAUGCAAGUAUAUCGCGAUCGAUUGUACCAGAAGACUUGGACAUCUCGGAUGGCUCUGUGCUUGACAAUAUUGAUGAGCAAACUGUUCGAAGUCUAAAUGGAUGCAGGGUUGCAGAUCAAAUUCUAAAACUUGUUCCAAAUGUCGAGCACUUUUGCAUGACACUCAGAUGCUUGAAGUUUUGGGCUAAAAGGCGCGGUGUUUAUUCAAAUGUUACUGGAUUUCUUGGUGGUGUAAAUUGGGCUCUUUUAGUUGCUCGGGUCUGCCAGCUUUAUCCCAAUGCAAUCCCCAGUAUGCUGGUCUCACGAUUCUUCAGAGUUUAUACACUGUGGCGUUGGCCAAACCCUGUGAUGCUAUGCCCAAUAGAAGAGGAUGAUAAGCUUGGCUUCCCUGUAUGGGAUCGUCGUAAAAAUCCUUGGGAUCGAGCCCAUCAUAUGCCAAUUAUAACCCCUGCAUACCCUUGCAUGAAUUCUAGCUACAAUGUUUCUAAAAGUACUCUGCGGGUUAUGACAGACCAAUUCCAUCAUGGCAACAGUAUCUGUGAGAAGAUUGAGCUGAACAAAGCCCAGUGGAGUGCUUUGUUUGAUCCUUAUCCGUUUUUCGAGGCAUACAAAAACUAUUUGCAGAUUGACAUAAUUGCGGCAGAUGCCGAUGAUUUGCUAGCUUGGAAAGGCUGGGUGGAAUCUCGGCUUAGGCAACUUACUCUGAAGAUAGAACGGGACACACGUGGCAUGUUGCAGUGCCAUCCUUAUCCAAAUGGACAUGUAGACACAUCCAAACUGUGCCCCCAUUGUGCAUUUUUCAUGGGCUUGCAGAGGAAACAGGGGGCGAAAGUUGAAGAAGGCCAGCAAUUUGAUAUACGUCGAACAGUUGAUGAGUUUAAGCAAUAUGUAAACGACUACCAGUUUUGGAAACCGGGGAUGAAUAUUUAUGUUUCUCAUGUUCGUAGGAAGCAAAUUCCCAGUUAUGUAUUUCCAGAUGGGUAUAAACGGUCUCGACUGUCGAGGCAUGCGAACCAGCAAUCUGAAAGAACUUCUGAAGAAGAUGCCGAAGGCUGCAGAUCUCACUCUGCCGAAAAGCAGCUCAAGAGGAAAAGAGAUUCUGAAAUGGUAAAUUCAAAGACAGAUAAACCAGAGAAACGGGCUUCUGUUAGCCCGCUGAGGCCAUGGUCUGUUUCUCCAGAAAGUUGUGCAAGUAGGUCUGGUGUAACAUCUCAAGCCAGCUGCUCUGGGGAGGUUAAAUUAGAGCCUUUGGUAGCUGGGGAUGCAGAUAGUAAUCCUGAAGUAAGGCCAUCGACUGUUGUGGAUUAUUCUGAGACUAGAUAUACUAAGAGAGUGCUGAAUCGAAAAGAAGGUGCUGAUGAUGAUAAUGGAGAGCUAGUGAAACCAUGUAAGCACUUUGCACGGGCAGAAAAUGAUAAAAGUACACCGGGAUCGAAUAUCUGCGUUCAGAACCUCAGUUGCGAGGGUAAUGUAUGCACAGCAGAUCUUGACUUGCAUUUGGAAAAUGGGUGCUUAAAUGGGAGCAGAUUAUUUGAAAACAGCUUGGCAGAAACAUUAGAGCCGACUAUUGCACUUGGAAUGACGGCGGAAUCCCAGAAUCGGGCUAGUUCUGAAUCAGUGCAGAAGCCAGUGAUGAGGUUGAGUCUGAAAUCAACAGCAUAAAAUUUGGGAGCCAAGUUGUUCUAUAAAUCAUUGGUAUGCAAGGAGAAGAGGGGAGGAAAGGAAUAUCCCCCUGCUGCAACUUGGGAAUGACUGCUUAAUGUGGCCGGUUAGUGUGUGCCUCCCGUGUUCUGUCUUCUGUGCUGUUGAAGCUGUACUUGUAUCACUACAAAUCAACAGGGGGAAAAAAAGGAAAAAAGAAAAGAACAAAGAAAAAAAAAUGCUUUGAGCAGUGGAAGUUACUUUUGAUACAGAACUUGGGGCUUGGCAGCCUGUUAUUUGAUCAGCUUUGCUACUUUCUUUGUUUGGUGUUGAAAAUGUUAUGCCUUUCUGUUUAGACGGUAUGGAACAGCUUUAAUAAGGGUUAGUUUUGUGAAUUUCGGUCAUGUUUGAUUCACAAGAUUAAUAGGGAAGUAUUAAUAAUUUUAUUAAAUUAGUGUGGUAUUCACUA